AUGCCAGCUCCGCCAUCGCAGGUCUCUAUCGAUAGUGCACAACCAGACGGUCCGAUUUCGAACUCCGCAACUAUAACAGUAACUUCUGGAGAACCGUAUAACAUUACAUGCAAUACUUUCCCAGCAAGGCCUCCUGUCGUACUGACUUGGCUAAUACCAGAUGAUGUGAUCUUUUAUGUCCACGGCCAGUCUGAUACAAUUCAAGGGAACAAGUACGUGUCAAGGAAAACAGCUACCAUCACGCCCUCUACGAACGACCAAGGAAAGGUUCUGCGCUGUGAGGCAUCACAUCCCAAACUAUUCACCAACUUACAAAGUUCAGUGUACCUGAAUGUUCAUGUUUUACCGUCGAGCAUGACCCUCUUCCAAAAAGGAAUUGGCAAGGACAAAGAUUUGGGAUCAGCAGUCAUGUACGUUCAAGAGGAUUCACCCUCAUCAAUAACCUGCAAAUGCAUUGGAUCAUUCCCAGCGGUUGAAUUUGUUUGGAUGCUUGGUCCACCUGACAGUGUAGAAAUUGCUUCCAUUGGAGAUGCUAACUUGGAAGAUGGAAUAGAAACAACCGUAACCUGCAGGGCUCGAAAUGGAUACCCCAAUUUCCUCAUCCAUUGGUACAUUGGCUUAAAGAACGUCACAGAAGACUCAUCUCUUAAGAAUACAGUCAAUGCUGCUGACCGAUACGAUGCUGAAAGCUCUCUGAUAGUAAUACCGAAUUGGCUUGACCAUGGGAAGCGGCUCAUUUGUGAGGCAGUCCAAACUACAACAUUCUCAAUCAUGGCAUUGAACGAGAGUAUUGUUCUGAACAUAUCAUGUAAGCACUAA